AUGGAGAGUGGGGGAACGACGACGGCCACUGAGGCCUACCAGUAUGUCGGGCCGUUUAGAUUGGAGAAGACUUUGGGAAAGGGGCAGACAGGUCUGGUGAAACUGGGUGUCCACUGCGUGACGGGGAAGAAGGUGGCCGUCAAGAUCAUCAACCGGGAGAAGCUCAGCGAGUCCGUGCUCAUGAAGGUGGAGCGAGAAAUAGCAAUAAUGAAGCUGAUCGAACAUCCGCACGUGUUAGGACUUUCAGAUGUUUAUGAAAAUAAAAAAUAUUUAUAUCUAGUCCUAGAGCACGUAAGUGGCGGUGAACUUUUCGACUACUUGGUGAAGAAGGGUCGACUGACGCCGAAGGAAGCGAGACGGUUCUUCCGGCAGAUCAUUUCGGCGUUAGAUUUCUGUCACAGUCAUUCUAUUUGCCACCGCGACCUGAAACCGGAGAAUCUCCUCCUGGACGAGCGGAACAACAUAAAGAUAGCUGAUUUCGGCAUGGCGUCGCUGCAGCCCGCGGGAUCGCUCCUCGAGACCUCGUGUGGAAGCCCACAUUAUGCCUGCCCCGAGGUGAUACGGGGUGAAAAAUAUGAUGGCCGGCGUGCAGAUGUAUGGUCCUGUGGAGUUAUCCUGUACGCCUUGCUUGUUGGAGCCCUACCCUUCGACGAUGACAACUUGCGGCAACUGUUGGAAAAGGUGAAACGUGGCGUGUUCCAUGUACCACAUUUUGUGCCUCCAGACUGCCAGCAACUAUUACGUGGUAUGAUUGAAGUAAACCCUGAAAAGAGAAUGUCUCUGGCAGAAAUCACACGACACCCGUGGGUAACGGCAGGUGGUCGAGGAGAACUCGAACAAGAGUUACCCAUGAUGGAAGUGGUCCAGACUAGGGUGCUGCCUUCUGCGGAGGCUAUAGAUCCUGAUGUACUGCAGGCCAUCUGUAGUUUGGGAUGUUUCAAACAACGCGACAGAUUGAUACAGGAACUUUUAAGUCCACACCACAAUACAGAGAAAGUGAUAUACUUCCUCCUUCUGGAGCGCAAGCGACGGAGGCCUGCGCGCGACGACGAACCAAGACCUCCAGCCCUCGGACCUCCGAGUACCGCGGCUGACCCGCCAAGGAAACGGCUUGAUACCUGUCGGGUAAACGGCCAGUCAGCUCACUUCGGUCAGAUAAGCGAAGGGUCGCCAAUUACGCCUAGAAGGUCACAAUUCAGCAGGUCGGCGUCGUCCCGCCGCGCCGAAGGCCGGUCCUCACCGCAGCUGCCUGCCAGCCCUCCCACAGGCCACACUCCACAUCGUGUGUCAUCGCUAGGUGGGACUCCAGCAACUCCAGGCUCUCCACUAGCGUCACCCUCUGUCCGCGAGCACCAUCACCAACGCGCGAACUCAACCGGCCCUACCAUAAGUUUGAACAUCAGCGGCGAGCCAGGAGAAGCCGUUAUAAUAAUAAAUGAGUCUCCUUUAAUGGGGUCUCCUUCCGUCUCGCAUAGGCCACAUAGCCCUUCGCAGUCGCAUAGAGUGCGAGAGAGAUCAUCGCUUCCCGGCCCUCCGAGUACAAUACAGUCGCCCGCGCAGCCUUCCUUCCUACCCAACUUGGGUACUAUGACGGGCGUGCCCCCCGGCGCCGGCGCGUGCGCAGGCGGCGCGGCGGCCCCGUGGCGCGCGCGGCUGGCCACCAUCAAGAACUCCUUCCUCGGCUCGCCCAGGUUCCACCGAAGGAAAAUGCAGACUUCAUCUGAAGAAGUCCAGCUAACCCCAGAAACAUCUCCUGAAUUAACAAAACGUUCUUGGUUCGGAUCACUCCUGCUGGCAGCCGACAAGGAAGAGACGGUCACCGCUUUAGUAAAGGGAAAACCUUUGGCGACUGUCAAAGCCGACCUUAUACAUGCCUUUCUCAGUAUAGCAGAGCUGUCUCACAGCGUACUAAGUCCAAUGUCGUUCCGCGUUGAGUACAAACGAGGCUCCAACGCGCCCGCCAUGUUUCAGAGGCACGUGCGUUUUCAGGUCGAUAUUUCCACUAUCACGAAAGCGCCUGGAGAGAACGGAAAGGAAUAUUUAUAUGCUAUAACUUUUACAUUAUUGUCGGGCAACAUCCGGCGCUUCCGGCGCGUGUGCGAGGUGGUGCAGGCGGCCGUGUGCCGCGCCCGCCCCGCGCUGCACCCGCUGCACCCCCCGCAGCCGCCCGAGACCAGGGCGCAGCGCAAGACCAUCCACGCGCACGCGGCAGGAGAAAUACCGGACAGCCCAGAAGCGCCACAGCAUCAGUCUGACCACGACAGCGACUCUUCCGUCUUCGACACCAUCAAGAGUCCCACCAGUCACACCUCCAUUGACCAGCUUGACCAGAACGGCACCCACCCUUUAGGCUCGAGUUCGUCGGUUACAAGCGGAUCCAGUGGUUACAAACAGAGCGUCAGGCGGCGCGCCGCAGAGCCAGCCUCCGCGUCACUCGACCACGAGAUCAUGAGCUGCUCCAGGGACCUGCCAGGUACUCACACAAAGCGGUCAUCCUCCGAAUGCCGGGACCCCAAUUCGUCGCCUCGUCGCGGCCUCGACUCCCGAGAAGCGUCCCUCAAGGACGAGUUGCGUCGCAACAACAGCCUGCGCGACAAUCGCCGCGACUUAUUAGUCGCAAGAGGUGACAUCGCGCCGCCGACGACGACUAUAGCGUGAGGAACACUCCCUAUAGACCAUUCCUGUAUUUACUGCGAUUUCUGCUUAUAUUGUUUGCCGAGGUGCGCUGUGAUCUUACAGAGGUGGAUUGUCAGAUUGGUUACAUGAAACUUUAUAAUAUAAAAAAUGGUGUUACAAUCUACAAAAAAACGUAAUAUAAAUAUGUAAGUGCGUUGUCACACAUGGUGCCGUGGGUUAUAUGUAUAAUUGCAACUGCAAAAUAGCGACUGAAUUGUGUGCAAUCGGUACCAGACAUUAAUGCUAAGUACAGCUGGCGUACCGACUGCAUUUCGAUUGUAAUUUUGCAAUUGCAAUACAAUAAUGUGACUACACCGUAAAAUGUGACAAAAAUUUGAAUUAUGUAGUUGCAAUAAAA